CUUAUCUACCUUAGGACAUUUAUUUACCCCUUCUUCACUAGAGGCAGACCUUUCCCUCUGCAAUUGCUUUUCUUUGGCACGUUAUUCUGUAUCUAUAAUGGCUUCCUUCAGGGGUACUACCUGAUUUACUGCGCUGAAUAUCCAAAUGAUUGGUGCACUGACAUCAGAUUUACAUCAGGCCUUCUCUUAUUUCUGCUUGGAAUGGGGAUCAAUAUUCACAGUGAUCUCCUGCUGCGCCAGCUGAGGAAACCAGGGGAAGUCACCUACAAGAUCCCACAAGGGGGACUAUUCACCUAUGUUUCUGGAGCCAACUACUUCGGAGAAAUUGUGGAAUGGUUUGGCUUUGCCAUAGCGACCUGGUCCCUACCAGCAUUUGCCUUUGCCUUUUUUACUCUUUGCUGCAUUGGGCCACGUGCUUAUCACCAUCACAGAUACUAUCUCAAGACAUUUACGGACUAUCCAAAAUCAAGGAAAGCCUUGAUUCCUUUUAUUUUUUAAUGACUGGCAUAAGGACU